UCAACCAAAGUAACAAAAAGAGUGGGGAUACAAAACUGCUGUACAGUCUCAUAGUAACACUCCAUGUGAUGAAGACCUCAUAGGCGCAUGCUAUCCAGCAAAGCAGUAAACCUGUCAAUUAAAAACACUUUCAUUUCUCUUUUUCACUACAAGAAAUGAAUUUCAACGGAACAUUACUCCAUUCAUGGAAGCUCAUCUGGGUGUCUUCUGCAUGCAGUCAACAAACUAAAGAGGAAGAUGCUGAUUGGUCAGGCUCUUCUCAUCACAAUGAUGUUGCUAACUUCAAGCGAUGCCAAUCAAAGUUUGGAGUGCUACUCAGACAACAUAAACACCAUCACAUGUGUAUGGAACAGUUCAUCAGUUGGGGACAGACUACACGUGAAACCAGGCAUCAAAUGCUUCCUUGAAGGGAUCCUGUAUUUUUUAAAAGACGAUGGCAUUAACUAUGUCAAAGAUACUGUCAAAAGUGACCUGGAACACCUUGAAGACUCAAACCUGUAUAAAGGAACUCUUGAGUUUUCAGGAGAGGCUUUGACUGAAUGUGAACCAACCCUCCCUGUGUCUGUAAAGUGUGGAAACCAAACAAAGGCAUAUAUCAGAGAUUUCGAUCCAGGAAGAAACAUUAAGUUAUUGCCACCCGAGCAGCUGCAGGUCAAUGGGGCAAAUGUAUCCUGGAUGCUCGCCGCUAAACGCUCAGGUUUAGUCGAAGGGCGGUGUUCGUUUGAGCUUCAGUACCGUCUGCAUGAGGAACAUAUGAAUGAGGAAACAUGGAAGGAUACAGACAUAGUGCCUAUAUCAGCAGACAGCUGUUUGUUACCACAGGAGAAGCUUUUCUUAGGAAAACAGUAUGUGGUCAGAGUGAGGUCCAAAUAUAAAUUCUCAAGCCACUGGAGUGAUUGGACCCAGACUGUUAAAUGGACUUCCACUGUGGGUAGACCUGUCCGCACACUGCAAGCUCCUGAAUUUCCAGGAUGGAUUAAUGUAAAUGGGACUACUUUGGCUAUAAUAGUUAUAACUGUCUUGUUGCUUUUGUUCUGCAUUCUUCCUAUUGUGCGUUCUCUAAAGAAACUUUAUAUACUUUAUUCACGCAAAGAAUAUUCUGACUCACCCAACUCCGUCCAUCUGUGGGACUUUAAGGCAUGGCUAGGUCCCUUCAUGACUCCUGAGUUGUUUAUCAAGGCUGAUUCAGAGAUAAUCUCCCCUGUGGAGGUCCAUGACAGCCCAACCUCUGACGAUCUCUACUGUAAGAAGGGCAGUGGCGACCAGAAAAGCAAACGGGAACGCAGCACCUCCAGCUUCUCCAACUCCAUGUACUUCUUGUCACAAAGCUCCAAAUGCAAGAUGGAAAACCGGCAGGAGUCGGUCUUGCUGCAGUGCUCCAGAGGCCCAGGAGAGGGCAGCAUCACAGAGGGGAGAGUGCUAGUGGUCACUGACGUCCUCUGCAUCAAUGACACGGACACCGAGAGUGGCAUGAGCAGCCCACUGGAGACGUCCUCUUCAUACAAGCACCUGCAGAAAUUGAGACUGGACGUGCAAAGCCCAGACUCUGGCUUUGCCCCUGAGGGUGAGGACCAGGACAGCCAUGAAGAAUCUGGGAGUGAAGAUCUUCCCAGUCCACCGGUGGUGGACGAUACUCUGACCAUCAGACACAUCCUGCCCUGUCCAGUACCACUGGAGCCCCAGUUGGACACCUUCCCUCACCCGCUGAUGCCACCCAGGCUGGCAUGGGACACACAGCAACUCGAAAUGCCACCUCCCUGCAUCACCACAAACACUCUGAUGUCUGACUUUGACCUCAUGGCGUGCUCUGGCACAUUGGAACCUUCAAGUGGUGACUACAUGUGUGUCUAAAAGGUACAGGAAUUAUGACUUUGCACAGGCGGUUGGGCAGGUUUGCAGGUUUGAUAAGCCUUGUGAAGAUGCGUUAACCAAAUGAGGAAGAAUGUGGGGCAUUUCUUCAUAUUCUUCAAAUUCUUCUGUAGUUCUCAGUUCUCUGUGAUUCUGUCACAAAAUGUUUCCUCAUUUGUCCUGAGCUACAUGCCCACCUGGAGCAGGAUAAAUAUCUCCUGCCGUCUAGGUGCCCAGAUGUACCUCAGCUUCAAAUUCUGUUGAACAUGUAAUUGAUCAUAUUUAUAGUUCAACCUGUUCUUUGUGAACUUCGGUCUUAAAUACCAAAUAGGCACAGCUUAACAUAAUUGUGUAUCGACUGUGUGCAAGCACUUUGUCUGCCCUCGCACCCCUUGUCAGCACAUACUGUCCCAUGCUGUAACUGUGCCUAAGACUGCAUACAACUUGCUUUGAUGAUCCAACCAGUGUGACUGUAGUGAUUGUAAAUGUGAAUCAAGGCUUGCUUGUAGGCUGAAUAUGUUCUGCUAGAUGGGACGAUGUUUGAUUUGUUGUUUGAAUGUGGGUAUGCUGUGCAUAUGACCCUUUUAUACAUUUCUUCAUCUGCUGGAAAAUAUAUUUUACUACAGUAAAUUAUAUAUAGGAGUUGCAAUGGUAUUUUAGGGGCAUUUUUGUGGACAUCUUUACAGUGCCAAAAGUUAGAACCAUUUCUGAAAUGACCAGUUUCUGACCAGAUUUCUGCCUUUCAAAGAUUUUUGCUGAUUUAAAACUAUGAAAUCUGUUUGAAGAAUUUUUGCUUGCAUAAUUUUAGAGGAACCGCAAUCACCAAAAGCCUUAAUGUUUAAAAGAUCUUAUAGGGUUUUCUAUCACCGCAGCUGUGUAAUGUUUGUCAGACUAUAUUUGCAACAAGCAUGUUUAAGUAUAAUGGGAUGGCAAAGACCGACUCUUUUGAACAGUCUGUAUAUUUGUUGUGAUGAUGGCUUGUGUGUAUGUGUGUAUGAAAAUAUGGAUGGCUAUAAAUAAAUAUUAUUUCUGGAA